CCGGUCACAUUUAUUAUAAACACUACUAUAGUUAAGACCAAAGUUUUACUUUAAACGUAUUUAUUUACAUAAACACUACCUCUUGAUCUUCAAAUGGACGAUCUAAAUCCACUGGCGGGAACGGCUCACCUUCUGGAAGAAGUGGACAAAAAGCUAAUGGUGCUUUUGAGGGACGGACGAACUCUGAUUGGGUACCUGAGAUCCGUGGACCAGUUUGCCAAUCUGGUGCUGCAGCGAACCAUUGAGCGAAUACAUGUAGGCAACGAGUACGGCGACAUUCCACGUGGAGUCUUCAUCAUUCGGGGCGAGAAUGUGGUGUUGCUGGGUGAAAUCGACCGCGAAAAGGAGCAGAAGCUGCCACUUAAGGAAAUAUCCGUCGAUGAAAUACUAGACGCCCAACGCCGGGAACAGGAACAGCGACAAGAAAAGCACCGCUUGGUGUCGAAGGCGCUAAAAGAACGCGGCCUGGCCGUGGACGCCAACAUAAUUAACGAGGACUUCUGCUAGGCCUCCAUCUUUCACUAUGUUUAUAGAUUAAGCUCAAAUGAUUUUCGUCACUUUGUAUAUUUGUACUGCAUUAAAAAACUAUGUUAAAAUCUA